AUGGCUGGUCGGAUUGUGGUGAGGUCUUGCGGCCAGCUGGAACAGUAUUCCACCUCGAGGCAUUCGUUGGGCAUCUACUUUGGUGUAUCGACCACCUGUCGCUACCAUGUGCCUUCCGAACAUAAUGUGCCUUCCGAACACAGCAACACCAUGGCUCUACGCCCGGCCAUUGAGCAAGCCGUGGCCCAAGUUGUCUUGAAGCAGCCAUUCAUGCGCGUUGGCAUCACCGGCGAGGACACGAAGCAGCCGAAUUUUGUUCACGUCCCCGUCAUCAAUCUCUCCACCCAGAUUCGAUGGCUCGAACCGAUUGAAGUGGCCUCGGCCGAUGCCAUGCUCGAGAAGCUGCUUGCCGUGCAGUUGGGCACCCGCUGGCCUGACCUCGACACGCGCCCGCCAUGGAAGGUCACCGUCGUACCUCUGAAUGCCCGUGACGGGCAUCUCACUGCCCUCGACAUUGUGUACACCUUUCAUCACGCCAUUGGCGACGGCACCAGCUCCGCCAUCUUCCACAAACAGCUCCUCGAAGCUCUUUCCAAGCCGGCACCCGUGCCUUCUCUAUCCUCAGCCGGCCUUCUCACCCUCUUCGAACCUGCUAUUCUGCCGCCGCCCCAGGAAGAGCUCAUCAACUUCUCCAUCAGCUGGCCCUUCUUCCUGCGAACCCUCUGGAAAGCCUUCGGUCCCGACUUUCUCAAAGCAAAGCCGAACCCCGUCCCCUGGACUGGCAAUCACGUCAACUUGGCCAAUCCCUUCCAGACCAACGUUUGCCUCUUCACCCUACCCGCCGCGACAUCCUCGGCCCUCCUCGCCGCCGCCCGCACCAACGCGACGACCCUGACACCGCUCUACCACGCCCUGGCCCUUCUCUCCUUUGCCCGCCGCCUGCCCGCCACUACGGCCCCCAAGUUCGUCCACGGCUCUUCCAUCAGUGCGCGGCGCCUUGUCGAUCCAGCCGUCCUUGACACGUCCUCGCAAAUGGCCGUCCUCGUUACCUCUCUCAUCCACCCUGACACGGCCGCCAUGACGUCGCAGUUCCGCGCCCGCCACGGCUCCGACCUGGACUCGCUCGUCUGGCAAGCAGCGUCGGCCAUUGCCACCUCGUUCCUCGACAAGAUUGCGUCCCUGCCCCGCGACGACGUUACGGGCCUGCUGAAAUGGGUCGGCGACUGGCACACCUACCUGCGCCAAGCCGACGGCAAGCCCCACGACUGGACGUGGGAGAUCAGCAACCUCGGUGCUCUCAAGGCCGUGGGCGAUAAUGGGUGGGGCAUCACGAGGGCCGUGUUCGCGCAGUCGGCGCUCAUGUCGGGGCCGGCGAUGACGCUGAACCUCGCGGGAGUCGUGGGCGGAGAGAUUUCGGGGACCAUGACGUGGCAGGAGAAGACUGUGGAUGCUGGGCUCGUCGAGGGGGUAGUGAGCGAUCUUGCCGAGUGGUCGAGGAGGCUUGCCGAAGAGGGUACAUUGGGCCUGUAG